UACUUUUUUGUUUUGAUGGAAAAACAAAAGCGUCAACAUAAUUAAUUGAUUCUCUUUUUGUUUUCAUUGUGAUUGUUUGUGAUUUAUUUUGUUAAUUAUGAGCGAUUAUAGUGAAAUUAAUCGUGAGCCUCUUCGUUUAAAGGGAAUGCCUUUGAAGAAGAAAAAGAAAAAGAAAGAUAAAGAAUUGAAACAAUUGAAAACAUCCGAUUUGAUGGUUGAUGUGAAUAAAAGUAAUGCUACAAAUGAGAGUGACUCUGUUGUUGGAUCAAGUGGAAGGAGAAUUGAUGAGAUUCAAUUAACCAAAGCUGAAUUGUCUUUCUUAAAGAAGCAGGAGAAACUACAAAUGGAACGUGUUCUACAAAAAGCCGCUAAAUCACAUCGACAAUUGGUCGAAGAGUUUAACAAUAAAUUGGACAAUAUGUCGGAACAUUAUGAUAUCCCCAAGGUUUCAUGGACCAAAUAGAACAACUUUCAACAUAAUUUAUUCUUUUCUUUGCUAUUCUAUAUAUUCUAUCUAACACUUUUGUAUCAUCAUUCUCUGGAAAAUUGAUAACAGCGAAAUUCUGUUGAAAUUUAUCCCCAUGAUCAUGUUCUCAAGAAAAUGAAGAAAAAAGAAAUUUGUUGAAAAUUCUUUUCUCUUUUAUCCUCAUCCCUCAUCCUCUUUGUCUAUUUUAACCUUGCAUCCAUUUAUAUCUAUAUUUCUCAUUCUUCCUUACCUUGAGAUUUUAGUGCUAAUAGUUGUUCCAAAUUCAAUCAACAUCAGAUUCUCUUUAAUUUCAAAGAUAACCUACUGAAUGGAAUUGGUAAAAGAUAAACACAAUCUAAAUUUCGUUGGAGUGAAAAAAAAGCAAAAGACAUUUGGAUUGACAAAACCUAAUGGAAGUUGAUUGUAUCCACAAAUCAUGACAGAACUCAGUGUGUCUCAAACAUGAGGAUUAGUAACUUAAUCUUCCUCAAUUGUUGGAUUUUCCUCAUUGUAAUCUCCAGAAUAUAAACAACAAUUUGUAACUGAUGAAACUUCAAUCCAACUUAAUUGGAUUAAUUUCACUGGUUCACAUGGACAACACGAGUUAUCACAAUUACCCUGACCUAAAUUAACCUGAUUCUCAGCUGAUUGGACUUAAAUUAUCAAAAUGUUUAAUUCUUGCCGAGCUAACAUAAUCAACCAUAAAAUGAUAUUGGCUAAUUCAAAAUCAAUCCUAACAAUGAAAAAUGAUCAAUAGGAAUAACAAUUAACCUUCACCAAAAGAAAUCAAUUAACCUCGAGAUUUAGAAGCCACAAUGAUAAAAAAAAACGGAAAACUCAACCUACAACAAUCAACAAUUACGAUAUUCUUACAAUUUAAAAGCAAACCUCCUAAUCGUAUAUUAAGAUUCACAAUUGUAAUUACAAAUCUACUUGGAAAAGAAAACAAAUUGACCCUGUUGAUUAUAACAACAAAUUAAGGAGAAACAAUUAUUUUGCUGUAUAAUAAACCCAAUUAGUUAAUCAGUCUGGAUAAUGAAAUGAAGGUCAAUUUAGUCCAACACAAAAAUUAAACUCUAAAAGUUGAUCACUCAAUUAGAGUAAAAAAGGAAGCCACCAAUCAACGGGAAAAAUGUAAUUCUUUGGGUAAACCUUGUGCACAAUUGUUAAUUCAAUCAACAAAGAUUAAACUUACAACAAUCAAGUAAUCACAAUUUAAAGAUGAAACUUAUCAUUGCUCGAUUAUCGUCAACAAUUACUAAAUUUCGCCUCUUUUGAUUAUUGUUGUUCGAGGCUCUCCUCAAAAUCCAAUGGAUUGAAUAUACGAUUUGCUAUUAAUAGCAAAUAGAAUACAAAUUGUUAAUCAACAGUAAAACCUGUUAACUGAAUCAA